UCCGUCGCGGGCCUGGGCGGGGCGGGGCUGACGGCUGGCACCAUGGCUGCCGCGCGGGAGCCCCAGGAGCCGGAAAAGAAGACCUUUAAGCUCCUAGGAAUUUUAGAUGUUGAGAACAUUCCAUGUGCACGAGAAUCUAUACUCUAUGGCUCAUUAGGAUCUGUUGUGGCUGGACUUGGACAUUUCUUAGUGACCAGUAGAAUUAGAAGAUCAUGUGAUGUUGGAGUAGGAGGAUUUAUCCUGGUGACUUUAGGAUGCUGGUAUGUUUGCUGGAUAUUCCAGGAAAUUCAGAUUUCUUUUGAGACAGGGGUUGUGUCCUGGCUGUCCUGGAACCAGGCUGGUCUUGAACUCCCAAGUGUUAGGAUUAAAGGUGUGCACCGCCACCACCUUCAGAAAUCAUUGGUGGACAGGUGUUUUCUCUGUGCGCCUGCCUCCUCCCCUCCUGAGUGCUGCUGGGAUUAAAGGCAUGAGCCACCACACUCAGCUAAGUAGUUAUUUAUCAAAAUCUGUCCUAUGACUAUUGAAUGUUUGAACAGAUGAAUGGCAGAAUAAUCAUGUUCUACAAUAGAUACAAUUAAUCUAAGGUGACUAAGUUUACAUUUUAUGUACUUUAAAAAAAAAAUUUGUAUUUUGAAAGAACACCUUUAAAUACAGCUUUGGGUUAGUCAUUUUGGAAAUGUGUAUAAAACUACUUAAAAUCCCUUAGGUUAUUCAUAUAGAACUAGUAAUU